CAGGCACUCCACAGGUGGACAGUCGCUUCAGCCAGUGCCCGGGCUACCGGCAGAGAAGAGAAGGGUGGCAUGGCUCUGGGAGAGAAGGGAAGAGAGGAGGGCCCAGCCAAGCGUGCCCUCCGGAAGGUCCGCACAGCCACCCUGGUUAUCAACUUGGCCCGAGGCUGGCAGCAGUGGGCAAACGAGAACAGCAUCAGGCAGGCCCAAGAGCCCACAGGUUGGCAGCCGGGAGGGACCCAGGACGCACCCCGAGCUCCUAAGCCAGUGAUCUACCCCGCCCCCCACCAGAAAGCUCAGAGCGCCCCGAAGUCUCCCUCCCAAAAGCCAGAGGGAGCCGCUGAAGCCUCUCGUAUCAAAAGGAGAGAGGUGACCAAAACAAUUGUCAGCAAAGCUUACGAGAGAGGAGGGGAUGUCAGCCACCUCAGCCACAGGUACGAGAAGGACGGUGACAUGCCUGGAGCCGGGCGGCAAGAGGAUGACAUUGACAGAAUCCUCCAGAGCCAUGGCUCCCCGACGCGCAGGAGAAAGUGCGCCAACCUGGUGUCCGAGCUGACCAAAGGCUGGAAAGAGAUGGGACGGGAUGAGCCCCAGUGGCGGAGUGACAGCAUAGACACAGAGGACAGCGGCUACGGAGGGGAGACCGAGGAAAGGCCCGAGCAGGACGGAGAGCAGGUGGUCGCCAUCCGAAUCAAACGCCCCUUGCCUUCCCAGGCAAAUAGAUUUACAGAGAAACUCAGCUGCAAGGCCCAGCGGAAAUACAGCCAAGUGGACAACCUGAAAGGGAGAUGGCAACAAUGGGCUGACGAACACAUACAGACACAGAAGCUCAAUCCUUUCAGUGAGGAAUUUGAUUACGAGCUGGCCAUGUCCACCCGCCUGCACAAGGGAGAUGAAGGCUAUGGCCAUCCCAAGGAGGGAACCAAAACUGCAGAAAGGGCCAAGCGAGCUGAGGAGCACAUCUACCGAGAGAUCAUGGACAUGUGCUUCAUCAUCCGCACGAUGGCCCAGCACAGACGAGAUGGCAAGAUUCAGGUUACUUUUGGAGACCUCUUUGACAGAUAUGUUCGUAUUUCAGAUAAAGUAGUGGGCAUUCUUAUGCGUGCCAGGAAGCAUGGACUGGUUGACUUCGAAGGAGAGAUGUUAUGGCAAGGCCGAGAUGACCAUGUUGUGAUUACUCUACUCCAGUGAACCUUCAACAACAAAAGCCAGACUUGACCCACUGUUGUCUUAAUGCUAAAUGUAAUGUAAUAAGAAUUAAAAUGCAAACUGCUCUGUAAUAACCUAGUAAAUAUUAAACAAUUUUUACAUAAGUGACUAUCUGGCACUCUAUUUCUGAGGUAGUUUGAAGAUCUUGAGGAAGCAUACACAAAGCAUUUCAGAAAGCACACAGUGUUAUUAGUAUACAAUAAUAGCAUAAGCAUUUGAAAUUCUACUUACCCUUUAGGCAAAAAUAUUUGGCUAUUAAUUGCAGAAAUUAUUAUAGAUCUUUAAAUAAUUACUAUGUCUAAGAAAAACUCUAACUUUAGGUAAAUAUUAGCAGAACAUAUUAAGAUGUAUCUUUUUGGGGGGAAAGAAUUACAUUAAGUUUAGCCAAACUAAAAUUUUUCUAAGAAGCUUGAUUUUGUACUACUACUUCUAUCAAAGCAUCACUUAUAAAAUAAACACGUAGGUAAAAAGUAUCCAAAGAAGAUGCUGAAAUUGCUGAAAUUUCUCUGUGAGCUUGGAAUUUUAAAGAUUGCCAAUAGGAAUUAAUCAUCCUUCUGUACGAAUUGCACAAACCACAUAAAAACAAACAUGACUGGUGGUUUUAGAGCUAAAGGAGAAGCUGGUAUGUUCACCUUCACUGGGAAAGUAUAGUGCAAGUGAGAGAUUCAGAAUUGCUUGUCUUUGUAGGACUUCUUGGAGAAGUUUUUUUCUCAAAACCUUGACGAGUCACGCUUCUUACAUGUAUGUCAAUAUACAACGAAGUAGGCAUACAGAAAAUUCUACAAUGGAGUGGAAUGUUCAGUGUAGGAGAAUCUGAUAGAAUCAUUGCUUGGUAAAUUAGAAACAGAUCUGAGCCAUUUUAAUUUUCUUUAUGCUCUACAAACUUUAUGAAAUAUCUAAAAGUCGUAAAAUGGCAAUAUUAGUUUUGCCAAAGUUUAGUUUGGCAAUAUUAGUUUGCCAAUGAAAAAAAUCUGUUUGAUAUGACAGAGAAAUUUAGUGGGCAUUAAUCGGCUAUUUAUUUAUUUUUCUCAGAUUUACUGUGUCUUAGAAAAUUCUAAAAACAAUAAAAUGUGAGGUUUUAAUUCUUACCAAAUACAAUGAAAGUUAGUAAAUAUUACGGUACUUUUGUGUUAAAUACAGAAUUUAACGUCAAAUUAUGAUACCUCAAAAUAGUAGACACUUGAACUGUUAGAUAAUAGGUUUAAUAUAAAGUAUGGAUUAAACUACUAUAGGAAUUA